AUGGGCAUCAAGUACGGUGUUCUUGGUCCGAAUCCCGUGAGCAAGAAGGCUGUUUUUUAUAGCGGAGGCGACAAGGUUAUCGCUGUCUCUACGCUCUCGAAUAUCGCCACAGCGAUUGUCAAAUUAUUGGGCAAUGAGAGUACCUUUGAGGCUGCUGUUAAUCAGCCCAUUUAUAUCUGCUCGGCUGCUGUCUCGGAGCGUCGGUUGACGGAGCUUGUUUCUGAUUUUACUGGUAUUGACUUUGGGAUUCCGGAAGAGGUUUCGGUUAGGGAGGUUAUUUAG